AUGAAUGAAAGCGCAAAUAUUUCCACGAGCGAAGUUCGAUUUGAAAUUUUACUUCUGAGAGAUGAUGCAUCUUUGGACGAUCUGUUCGCCGAUUUCAUGGCAUUCCUUGCUGCGAAAAGCUCAACUUAUAUCUGGAAUUUUUCCUCUCCGAGAGUAGAGAAAACGGGACUUGGAUUGGCCGGAGCUCUUGAAUUUGGCGACUUGUAUGACGAAGAGUGGCUUUUGCUUGACUUUCUAAAGGAAUUUACGAAGACUAACCCUGUUGCGGCGCGAGUUUUCGAUGCAGAUGGAGAAUUUGUGCUCGUAGAAGCGGCUGAUGUUCUUCCGAAUUGGGUGAGUCCCAAAACUGCGGAGAGGAAAGUCUGGAUUUAUGAUGGAAAAGUGAUCAUCUUGGACGAAAAAACAUCUGCUGACUUAAUAACGAAAGAAAUGUUGGACAAAUUUGUGAACAGCCUCGAUUCACGACAGAUAAAUAUCGAACUUCUGGCGAAAUUGAAGCAAGUAAAUGAAAAUACUUCCAUUCAUACGGCGAAUGUUUAUCUGCCGCAGCGAUGUGCGUCUAUUCUCAAGCAGAACCCUCAACUCAUAUCUGCAUGCGUGGCCGCCUUUUACACAAGGGAUCCUAUUGAUCUUCGAGGUUGUCGAACACUCACCGAUUUUCCGAGGAACACUUUUACGGCCGCUCAAUUACCACUCAAUAGAUGCUCUCUGGCUCAACUAAUGUCCCAAACAUUUGUUCCCGAUAAACGAACAGGCUAUUUACCCUUGCCGCUCAAAGACGACCCUUUUUAUCUGCCGUACACUCUUGGAAUCAAGAUCACAAUCGGGCUCAAUAUCCUUCUUCAAUCUUCGAAAAAAUCUUCCGAUUCAUUUGACGGAAGCUCCUUUUCUAACUUCGUAAAGAAGCUUGAGCGAAACGGGUAUUUCGAAGGGGAAAUUGAGCACUCAAAAAGAUGGACGGAACUUCAUGCAAAAGCCAAGAAUUUUUUCAUGACGAGUUAUGAUGACAAAACGAAAUCUUCAAUGGACUGGCUCUGCCUCGAUCCCAAAUCUUUUGAUCAAAUGCUAAAUGAGCGAUACAAUUGGGACAAGAAAAAUAGCGAAGUGAAUGAGGAAGAGAAUUUCGCUGAUCAAAUGGCGGACAUGAGCAGAAAAAUGAAGGACUUUGUAAAAACGACGAGCGAUUUUGAAGGCGUUGAAGUGAGCGAGAGUCAGAUGAGCAACGAGGCUGUAGUCGAGCUUGAUCCUGCCAAGUUUUCGAAAGCACUGAACAAGCUCCUUGGCAACAAGGAGGACACGGACUCAGAUGAUUAUCUAGAUUCAGAUGACCUCGAAGAUCUGCCGUCUGAUGAUGAGACUGGAAAGUAUUACACAGAGAUGGAUAACGAGCUUGCAGGAUCGAAAGUCAUGGAAGGCUUUAUUAGGAAGCCAGUGGAAGCUGAAAAGGAAAUGAAUGCUGAAGAUAAAGAAGAUUCUUCGGAAAAAGAAGAAUCUUCUCAGUCGAGUGUCCGAAUUGAAGAAAAUAUUGGGAAACCAGGAUUUGACCACAACGGUAUUUGGGUGGGCGAAGGACCGCUCGAUAUAGAUUUAAAUGUUGUAAACGGACUUCUGAAAUCUUACGCAUCUCAAGUGGGAUACACGGGGCCAACGGAGACGAUCUUAUCGUCCUUCGGCUUCGAAUUACCCGAUAAUGCUGAUACUGCCAAUAAAGAAUAA